GUUGUUGGUGCUGUUGUUAUUAAUUAGGAGUUCAGGUGUUGUUUUCGUGACGAUGAGAUGAUGACGAUAUUCGUCAAGCAAGUUAGGGAUAUUUCAGUCCAAAAGAAACCCCAAAGAUGAGCCUUUUGAUGGAAGAUUUGAUGAAGGAGCUCAAAACGUUGUCAUCGAAGCUCGAGGAAAGUCAGUCCGAUUCAAAUUCGACAUCUGAAGUUGGUGAACAGGGGAGACCACCUGGCAUCGGCCUAGAUUUGUUGCAAAUGAGGAAUAAAAGUAAAUCAAGAAGAAGGCGGGGAAGGAAACGAAGAUUGGAAUCGCAUCCAGAAUUAGAAACAGGAACAGAAAGUUCUUGUGUUGAUUCAAGUGAAGAUGAAGCUGCAAGAGAUUACUGCGAGAAUGCUAAGAUAAUUGUGACGGACUCAGAUGAUGAUGAAUUUGUUCCUCGGAGGAAGUGUCUUACAUUGCCAAACGGGGUGCCAUGGAGUCCGCUUGACCUUGGAGAAAGUGAUUCAUUCACUGAAAAUAUAAUGAAUUUCAAUGCAAGAAGAAAGAAAAAAAUAAAGAAAAUUAAUAAGAAAUUCAAAGCUCUAGAAAACCUGGAAACAAUGAGUGUACCUGUGAAAGGUCCAAUUAAGAAUAAGACAAAGCAGAAAAAUUGUAAGCUGAAAAAUGAAUUCGAGUUUAAUCAGACAAAAAAGAAGAAACAUUCACCCACUAAGAAUAGUUUUGCUUGUGAACAUGAACAAAUGGGUAGGGACUGUGAUGCUGUUGAUGAUGAUGACAUCGAUGAAGAAGGUGAUGAGGAAGAUGUAAUUAUGGAUGGCAGUGACAUCUCAUCAGAAGAAGAAUCUGAGGAAGAAAGUGAAGGCUCAAGCUCAGGAUCAAAUGAAGCAGAUGAUGAAGGAGAAGAGAGUUGCAUUGAAACCAAUAUUUCAGCAGCAAUUCCAUACUGGGAGGAUGAAAAAAUGUUAGAGGACAAAGAGGAAGAAGAUUUUCAAUUAGUUCUUGCACAGUCUUUUAAACUCCUUUCAGAUGAAUCAAAGCAAGAUCUGGAAAGAGGGCUUGAUAAAAAGUUGAACAGAUUGGCUCCCAAGCUUAAUGAAAAUGGUCAUUUCAUCACAUAUGCUAACAAAAGAACAAGAGCAUUUCUACAGCAUGAAGAUGAACACGAGCUGUGUAUGAAUGCUUCAUGUGACACUGAAAGAGAUCAGAUUAUUGAGCUUGCUAGCCUUUAUUCACUACACUGUCGUUUUGAAGAUGGUAGCAACAGAAAGAAAAUUUUUCUGACAAAAACCAGAAAUACAAGAGAACCUGAAAGGCGGCUUUUAAAAAGAUUUCUUCGAAGAGAAGCUCGCAAAUCACGAUCAUUGAGUGCUCAUUCGCAGCGCUACGCUUCAAAGCGAAGAAAAACGACUGCUCCCGAAGUAUUUACAACUGAAAAUGCUAAUCCAAUACCAGAAACCAACGUGGGAAACCAAAUGCUGCGGUCGAUGGGAUGGAAACCUGGAACGGGCCUAGGACCAGAUGGGAAUGGGAUUAUCAAACCAAUCGCAGCUCACAAGCGACCAAAGAAGCACGGAUUGGGCUACUCAAAUUAACGAAAGUAAACAAGUCGUUUAAAUACGUCUAAAUUUAGAUUUCUUUUUUUGUAAGUCUGAAUAUUGUGAAGAUGGGUUUUAUUUUAACUGUAAAUAUCUUAAGUUUGGAGGUUGAUUUAUUGAAUUUAUUGUAUAAAGUGAAAGGAAAUGAUAAAAAGUGAAGUUGAAUUUUCUGUC